CGGGAACCAGAGCCUUCGUGGAGCUCCCAGCCAUGGCUUCAAACGACACCCUCUACAUCUCCACGGAAAGUUCGGAGUUACUUACAGAUAUUGUGGAGCUGCACCAGAUCCAUGUGGAGGAGAGCGCCCCAGUAGAGACUGUCCCUGUGGCGUCCAUCCCCAUGGAGACCAUCCCUGUGGAGACCAUACCCGUGCUGGAGACCAUUCCUUUAGAGACCAUCCCUGUGGAGGCUAUGGCGAUGGAAACCAUCGCAGAGUACGAGAUUAUCAGCGGCAAUUGGGUCCACGGUGGCCACCACCAUCCACCUCUGAUCGCGCUGCAGCCACUCUUUACCAACACCCCGAACCAAGGGGACCACGACCAGGAUAUAAUCAUGGUGCAGACACAGGAGGAAGUGGUGGGCUACUACGAGUCGGACAACCUGCAGGCCCACAGCAGUUUCGAGGACCAGAUGGUCCUUCCGGUUGAUGAAGAUGAAUGCUUCCAGCAGACCCUGGCUUCCUUGUCUGCCUCCGCAUCAUCAACCCACACCCGCAGCAAGAAGCGCAACAGCCAAAGCAAGAAGGCCAGCGGUAAGAAAAAUUACACGACCAGUGAGCCACGGGCGGGAAGUAGCAACUCCGAGAUGGGCGCCAAGAAAUGGGAGCAGAAGCAGGUGCAGAUAAAAACUCUGGAGGGUGAGUUCUCCGUCACCAUGUGGUCCCCGAGCGAGAAGAAAGAUGAUGAGACAGGACAGAUAGAGAACUCAGCUCCUGAUUAUUCAGAGUACAUGACGGGGAAGAAGCUUCCUCCCGAAGGAUUACCUGGUAUUGAUCUCUCAGAUCCUAAACAACUGGCAGAAUUUACUAGAAUGAAGCCAAGAAAACCCAAAGAAGAUGCGCCAAGAACCAUAGCUUGCCCUCAUAAAGGCUGUGUGAAGAUGUUCAAGGAUAACUCUGCUAUGCGGAAACAUCUGCACACUCACGGUCCUCGAGUCCACGUAUGUGCAGAAUGUGGCAAAGCUUUUGUCGAGAGCUCAAAACUAAAACGACAUCAACUGGUGCAUACUGGAGAGAAACCCUUCCAGUGCACAUUUGAAGGCUGUGGAAAACGCUUUUCCCUGGAUUUCAAUUUGCGUACACAUGUACGAAUCCAUACCGGAGACAGGCCCUACGUGUGCCCCUUUGAUGGCUGUAGUAAGAAGUUCGCUCAGUCAACUAACCUGAAAUCUCAUAUCUUAACACAUGCGAGGAACAAAAACAGCCAGUAAAAAGAGAAGACCCUUUUCAAACUUGGGAGGUGUCUUCUAGGAGUGUGAUUGCAAAUAAAUAUGCCUCUCUUGUGUAUUGCUUCUAGGAAAUAAUUUUUUUAAUGAUUCCUACACAUUUAAGGGUCAUGUUUUGGUAGACUAGUAAAAGUGAAAAGUAAAAUUUUAAAAAAGUAUUCCUUUAUAUAAGAUACAUGGUUAAGAUGUUGUAUCUUGUUCUGUAAUGCUAUUUGAAAUACAUGGUGUUUUUGUAAAGUUUGGUCCCAAUAGGAGGAUAAUUUGUGAACGUCAUAUCAAAAGACAGUUCUUUACACAGCUGUUCUAAAAAUGGAACUUCUUUUCAGGGUUUUUUAAAAUAUGAAGCUCAUGUAUUGCUUGCAAGUUUUUAAAAUUCUGUAGUUUCCAAAUGUUCAUAUUUAUACUUUUAGGAAUAUGUUUGGUAAUUCUUUGUAUUUUUUUCUGAAGAUUGAUAAUGUUUUG